CAAUCAAAUAAUUUGCUAGGAGUACAGGUCUGCACACAGCAAUGAGCGAACCCAGAGUCUAAUCAAGAAAUACCUCCUAGUCUCUCGAAGAGUCUUCAGACUGUUGCUGAAUACCUCCAAAAUGUCGGGUAUAGACAAAGUGCUAGCAUUGAUCGUGCAAAACAAAAUCGCAGCCAUCCGCUUCGAGCUGGUUGACAUCCAUGGCAUCGGGCACAGCAGGCUUAUCACAUCGAGGCAUUUUAAAGACAAAGCUGUUCAUGGUUCAAGUUUCAAUCUACUAGCCCUGGUCCUAGACCCCAAGGGGAUCAAGUUCUCCGAUAGCGGUAUGUGCAUCGAUGAUGUUGAUGCUGUCACGUACCCCGUCUAUGAGACAUUCCAGAAUCUGGUUUGGUGUCAGAGUACAGCCAGGAUCCUUGUGGAACCCACCAUCAAAGGAGAAUACAUUCCACAGUAUCCAAGAAACAACGCACGGAGGCUACUCGACCGACUAGGAGAGCAAGGGGUCUCACUCUUCUCUUCCUUUGUGCAUGAGUUCUAUCUGGUGGAUGAAAAAACCGGUGAGCCAGCAGAGAAGAGCUGCAACUAUGCAGCCACCAGUAGACUUUGUAAGCUUGAGGCGUUCAUUAAUCUUCUGUUGGCAUGUCUGCCAAGAGUUGGGGUGGAUGUGGAGAGCAUAGAGACAUUGGAUGCUCCUGGCCAACUCAGAGUCACCUACAAGUCGGCCUUUGGUGUUGGUUCGGCAGACAACGCCUACACUUUCAAGUCAACAGUGAAGGAAUUGGCCACCAGGAAUGGCUUUGUGGCAACCUUCAUGACAAAGCCCUGGCCAGAACACAGAGGCAGUACCACCUACUUGUGCCACUCUCUUUGGAGUCUGCAAGAACAUAAAUGCAUCGUCUUUGACUCAACGUCAGAAAAUAGUCUAUCAAGCACGUGCCAGAAGUGGAUCGCUGGAAUCCUAUCCCAUGCCCAGGCUAUCACGGCUCUCAUGGCACCAACGGUCAACUGCUACAGUCGCUUUGAGACAUCACCAACAUCGCACGCCCCGAGCAAUUGUUCCUGGGGGAUCGGCAACCGCACGUGUGCUAUUCGUGUGAAAGUCGAUGGUUCCAAGCGAACCAUUAUCGAGAAUCGCAUACCUUCGAGUGGGAGCAACCCUUACGUGGUACUGGCAGCAACGGUUGCCGCCGGUCUUGAUGGGCUGCUUACUGACAUGCCUCUCAAAGCGGCUACAGAAGGAAGUGCCUACGAUCAAGGGUAUGACUUGCCAGAGCUUCCUCUCUCUCUGGAGCAAGCUAUGGAGGUCUUAGAGACAGACGAAGUGAUCCUGGAUGCACUGGGUAAAGACUUUAUCAAAUACUUCCUUGCUGCAAAGAGACACGAAUGCAGUGAGGCACUUAGGGCAAGGAAAGUUGCAGGUGUAGAUGGUGAAUCGUGGGAACACAAUAUGUAUUUCGACACAAUCUAAAGAUUCCAUGCACAUGAACAUCAUGUUAGUACCAAAAUUCAUUUAUACCCAAGAUCAUGUCGUGCCAAUUUACAAAAAUUGAAUAUUGAUGAAGUAUUCAUACAGGAUAGAUAAAUUAGAUAUACAUGUAGUUUUACACUAGCUCUUCAGACACUAUUUAGUCCAUAAUGGCAAUUUCUUAUACUAUGAACUACAUUUUCAUUGCGGUUAUUGUUUUAUUAUGUUUUAGUUUGUCUUAAAUUGCCUUUUUUCUGCACUAUUGUAUCAUUUUGUACAUGUACCCUGUAGGUAGAUUGAACAGCAAAAUUUUACUUUUUAUAUGGUUCAAAACCGUUCAAUCAUUUGUGAAAAAGGGAAAUGUGUCUUGUAAUGUUUAUAAAUUAUAAUUUGUAAAUGUUCUCUGUCUUAUCCCUUGUGGUCUAAGCAUUAAAGGAAAUACAUGUACACAGUUUUGAUGAAGGUUAUUGAUAUAGUUAUACAUGUCACCUAUUUUUAUCAGAAAACUAGACAUUUAGGAAAUCUAUUUUUAACCUCUAUCAUUUACAAAUACUGUACACUACAUUCAAAACUUUGUAGAGAUGCUAAAGUCAUCUUCUAACGUCUCACUAACCUUUUGAAAUGCCUAGCCAUGCUUUAUAUUUUGUUUUUAUUAAAGAUAGAUUUUGAUUAUGUGCUAUUCAAGAGUAGAGUAUGAACUAUAGACAUUCUGAUUAUUAAUAAUUAUAUAUUUUUAAUGUGUAUUGAAUUUCAAUGGAACAUGGUGCUGAGAAACAGUGCAAUGUUUAUAAAUCUAAGCUUACUGUUAUUUGUUUUGUAAGAAAAUUAUUCUAGAAAUUCUAUGACAGAGAAAAUUAUCCGCUUUAUUUAUUAAGAAAUAGACAUUUUGUGCUUUAAUAUAAGUAUCUAACAUCAGAAUGUAAUGCCUAAAGUUAAACAAUAUAUGUGUAAUAUAUUAAACCACCAGUUGCCUGUUCUCAUUUCUCUUUGUACAUUCAGGUUUUACCAUCAUAUUUACUUCUUUUUUAAUCAUAUUAAUGAAAUUCAAAUUUCAUGUGUGAAUCAAGACAAACUGAAAUUGUACCAUUUUUGUAAGAUUAAGAUCUGAAAAAGCUGGAAAAUAAGGGAGCUAAAAUUGUAGUGCAUUGUUCUAAUAUUACAGAUUGCCAUAGAAUUCAAAAGCAUUUAUAAGGCCAUUAAAGAUUGUUGCUGCUUCUGUAUUUAAUAGUAAUCAUGAAAUUAGGUUCUAACCGAAUUUGCCGCAAGUGUUCGUUUGUUGAAUGAAGCUAUUCUUCUCUCUCUAGCACAUUAGCUCAAUGGAUUUAAGUACUAAGUGUUAGCACACAAGUAUGCAUGCACACUAUUAGAUUAUGAAACCAAAACCAUAAACGGAAAUCCAUUAUACAAAGUGAAUAAUUAUUCACUGAGUGACAGUGACAGAUUUAAUGUGUACUUUGAGAAUCGUGAAGCACUUCCUUACUGUGUAGCACUCACAAUUAUAUAUUACUAACUCUAUUAUCAAUUUCCAUACAUUACUGCGUUUUCCUUCCAUUCUGUGUUGUUUAUCGUUUGAAUUUAUCAGGAAUUUUACUCAAAAUUCUUUAUUGCAACCAAAUGUUUCUUAUCUCAAGUUAAAAAAUGUGAGAAUUUACUUGCUAAUCAACAA